AUGAGCCUGUUACCGAUCAAGACCGUCGAUCGCCUCGAUCGGCCCAGUGCAUACUAUGCAGGAAAGAACAAGAGACGCCGCGAUGACCGCGACAUUGAGCGAGAAGAGGAAACCAACAAACGUCUGGAAGGCGCGACUACUCUCUACGUGGGAAACCUCUCUUUCUACACCACCGAGGAACAAAUCCAUGAACUCUUCUCGAAGUGCGGCGAGAUCAAGCGACUGGUGAUGGGACUGGACCGUUUCAACAAGACACCCUGCGGAUUCUGCUUCGUCGAAUACUACACCCAUCAAGAUGCCCUGGAUUGCUUGAAGUACGUUGGCGGCACCAAGCUGGAUGAGCGCAUCAUCCGGGCUGAUUUGGAUACUGGUUUCGAGGAGGGUCGGCAGUAUGGUCGCGGAAAAUCGGGUGGCCAGGUCCGCGACGAAUACCGUGAGGAGUACGAUCCUGGCCGUGGUGGUUAUGGCCGGGCUUAUGAUGAACAGCGCCAGCGCGAAGACGAGGAGUAUGGCCAGGGAAGGUAA